CGUGUGGUGCGUUCACGAGUUCUUGUGUGUGUGUGUCACGAGCAUUGUGAAGCGGGGUCACUGUCAGCACCUGUCCUGCAGGUAAACGGUGUUUCCCGCUGUGAUGGACCGCUGGAGGGGCAGAGUGGCUCUGGUGACCGGAGCCUCGGUCGGGAUCGGGGCGGCUGUGGCUAAGGAGCUGGUCCGACACGGUAUGAAGGUGAUGGGCUGCGCCAGGGACGUCGAGAAGAUCCAGAAACUGGCAGCCGAGUGUCAAAGCGCAGGUCACAGCGGUGUUUUGGUGCCUUUCAAGUGUGACCUGAGCAACGAGGAGGAGAUCCUGUCCAUGUUCGCCGCCAUCAAAGAGCAGCACAAAGGCGUGGACGUGUGCAUCAACAACGCCGGCCUGGCUCAUGCAGAGCCGCUCUUAAGUGGCAAAACCAGCGGCUGGAAGAACAUGAUGGAUGUGAACAUUCUUGGGUUGUCUAUAUGCACACGUGAGGCGUAUCAGUCAAUGAAAGAAAGAAAUGUUGACGAUGGGCACAUCAUCAACAUAAACAGCAUGUCUGGACAUCGUGUCACUCCGAAUGCCGACGUACAUUUCUACAGCGCGACCAAGUACGCUGUGACGGCUCUGACGGAGGGCCUGAGACAGGAGCUGCGUGAGGCGAACACCCACAUCAGAGCCACAAGCAUUUCUCCUGGUUUAGUGGCGACAGAAUUUGCUCAGCGACUGUACAAUCCAGAUAAAGCUGCUGCUGCGUACACUAAAAUCAAGUGUCUGGAAGCAAUCGAUGUUGCUGAUUCUGUGACAUACGUCCUGAGUGCCCCUCCACAUGUGCAGAUCGGAGACGUUCAGAUGCGACCUGUGGAGCAGGUGUUGUAGUGUUGCAUCGCGUGAUUUGGUGUACGGAGACAUUUUUCAUAUGAUCUAUGAAAUAAAUGACUUUAUCUGAUGAUGGAA